AAAGACCAUACCGGGAAUGCAAAAUUGGAGGACUUCCCACCUAUAAUAGCCUAGAGGCUAAUUAAUAGAAUAUCUUCAAAACAUGUUAGCCCUUCCCUCCCACAAAAACACCCAAUUCUUAAUUUCAACCGGAAGAAAGAUAUAUUACAAUAUUCGUAUGUAUUGUGACUGGCUAAUGAAGUAAGCAAAGGCAAUGGAGGAACUUCUCUUAUCGGAUGAAUUUGUAAAAGAUGGAUCAGUUGACCUCCAUGGCCACUCUGUUAUCAGAUCUCACACUGGAACAUGGAAGGCAUCCCUUUUAAUAAUUGGGGUGGAGAUUGGAGAGAGGUUUGCUUAUGCUGGUAUACUGUCAAAUUUGGUGACUUAUCUCACAACUGUUCUAAAUGAAAGCACUGCCAGUGCUGCAAGUAGUGUGAACAUAUGGUCAGGGGUAGCAUUCAUGUUACCUUUUUUGGGAGCUUUUGUUGCAGAUUCAUAUUUGGGUCGGUACUGGACAAUCCUUGUUGCUUCACUCGUCUAUUUGCUUGGGCUAAUAUUGGUGACUCUAUCAGUCUCUCUCACUAGUCUCGAAUCGCAUUUCAAGAUUGGGUUUUUUUACUUCUCAUUAUACUUGGUUGCUUUGGGACAAGGGGGUCACAAGCCAUGCCUACAGGCAUUUGGUGCCGACCAAUUUGAUGAUGAGGAUCCAAAAGAGAAGCAUCACAAAAGUUCAUUCUUUAACUGGUGGUGUUUUGGUGUUUGCUUGGGAUUCCUUGCAGGGGUCACUGUGCUCACGUACAUCCAAGAUAAUGUCGGAUGGGGUUUGGGAUUUGGCAUUCCUGCCUUUACCAUGGCAAUGGCACUUGUUGUGUUCUUGUGUGGGACUAGGUUUUACCGAAACAAACUGCCUAGUGGAAGCUCUCUCACUCGAGUCAUCCAUGUGUUUGUUGCAGCAUUCUUCAAGCGUAAUGACCCUAUUCCUUUCCGAGAACCAAAUCAAUUAGCUUCCAUUCAAGAAGUAAAGGUUCUCAGGACAGAGUCAAGAAGACAACUCUUGCAAACAAACAAGUUCAGGUUUCUUGACAAAGCAACAAUUGAAGAUGAAUUAGACUUUGAGUGCAGAACAACACGUAAUUGGAGACUUUGCACAGUACAACAGGUUGAAGAGGUAAAACUUCUUCUAGGCAUGCUACCUAUUUGGAUGGCAUGUUUGAUGUAUGGCAUUGUCGUUGCACAGUCCUUCACAUUCUUCACAAAACAGGGCAGCACAAUGGAUAGAAAAAUUGGUCGACAUUUUGUGAUCCCUUCUGCAAGUAUGCAAUGUUUUAAUAGCAUAUCUGUUAUGCUAUUUGUCCCUGUCUAUGACCGCCUCUUUGUACCAAUUGCAAAAAGGUUAUCAGGGAAGGAGAGAGGUAUAACAUUGCUCCAAAGGAUAGGCAUCGGUAUGUUCUUUUCUGCAAUUUCAAUGAUUGUCGCUGCAGGGAUCGAAACUAAAAGGCUCAAGGCAGCAAAGGAUAAUGGACUCAUAGACAUGCCCUAUGCAACAAUCCCAAUAAGCAUAUUUUGGCUACUUCCAGAAUAUGUACUUUUUGGCAUGGCUGAUGUGUUUGUAGUGGUAGGAAUGCAGGAAUACUUUUAUGAUCAGAUGCCAGACACAAUGAAAAGCUUGGGUAUUGCUCUUUAUUUGAGUGUUUUAGGAGUUGGUAGUUUCUUGAGUAGUAUUCUAAUUUUGGUAAUUGAGAAGGUUACUUGCAGAAAGCAGGAGCAAUGCUGGUUUGCAGACAACUUGAACAAAGCUCAUUUAGAUUACUUUUAUUGGCUUCUAGCCGCUUUGAGUCUACUCAACCUGGGCAUGUUCAUGACCUUAGCCAGCUGCUACAAAUACAAAAAGGUUGCACCUUCUGGCACAGAAAACUCUACCUAACAACUAACUAUGUUAUACCUAUGUGAGUGCCAAUAGUACUGUUUUAUCAGUUCUACUGUUGUAAUUUGUUAUUAGAAUGUGCUUUCCACACUUACGAACUGGGUUAAAAACCCUACAGUGCAAACUUUGUAAGUAGCAUUUAAGUGGAGAUCUCAAACUCUCACAUUCUACCAGAGGCUAAAAAUUCAAUGGGUUGACACCAUAAAUUCCAUCUCAAAAAUCAUGCCUGCACCUUGCUUCCACUAUAUCAAUUAUACUUGAAACGUCAACUUAUAAAUGUAAGUAUAAACGUAAUUGUUAUUCCCUCUUAAUUUGUACGGGAAAAUGUAUCAUCUGGAGUUGAAUAAACUUGGUGCAUUGAUUCUCUUA